AUGGUUAAUCGCCUCGAGAGCUCAAAAAAAGAAAAAGAAAAAAGGUUGUCUCCCGUUGGCGGUUCGCUGCGCCCACCCCGGCUGACGCGUGCCCUCCCACAGCACAACCGUUCGCGCGUGGACUCUGUGCUGGACAGCAGCCUCUCGCCCGACGAGCUGCCUCGCAAGGUGCGGCGGCGCCUCGUGCUGCCCUCGGAUGCCGACCGGCCCUCCUUCGGCGCCUCCGCCUCCGCCGGCAACGCCGUGGGCCUCCCGCUCGCCGCCUCCAUCUCGCCGCUCACGCGCCACCUCCAGAACCUGCGCCUCAGCAGCGGCAACUCCUCCGGCAGCGGCAGCGGCAGCGGCGCGUCCCACAACAACAGUGCUCUAAGCAACAAUAGUUACGUGAAUAAUAACAAUAAUGUGCUCAGGGACAGCAACCGCUCCGUCGCCCACAGCAACAGUGCCAAUAGUGGACUUGUUAACAAUAAUAGCUUAAGUAGUGGCAACAACGCGGCUCUUCUUAACAACAAUAGUUUAAGCAGUGGUCACAUUGCAGCUUUAAGCCAUAACAACAGUUUAGUACCUGGUGGAAUUGGAAAUUUCCAUAAUAACGAUAGUUUAAAUAAUGUGAAUAUGGAAGUUAUUCACAAUAAUAACGAUCUUCAUAGCAAUAUGGAGAACGCUAACAAUAACUGUCGAAACAACGUACCGUUCAACAAAACGAUCGUCACGAGUGCUACCAGCAUCUCAAUGCUCCAGCAGUCCCAUAUUUCUCCGUCCUCGUAUCCUGACUGUACGAUCCAAACCUCCGUCCACCAGAACGUCACGCGAGCCACCCUGGCUCACGACGUAACGGAUCCCCGCUUCCUCAGCAUGUUUUCGGCAGUGACGACGACAGCGACGACGACGGCGACGGUAGCGACGACGACGUCGUCGUCGACGCCGCCCGCGGAGUGCACUGCGGCGGCGGACGACCUCGCGCGCCAGACGGACGACUUCAAGAUCUGGCGACAGAACUCGCUGCGGCGGGUGCGCACCGUCACGCAGACCAGCGAGGACGGCCCGCCGCCGGCCAAGAUGCAGCCCCAGCAGUCCUCGCCGCCCGCGGGCCCCGGCAUCGGCCCCGCCUCGGGCGCGCGCCGCCCCAGCCUCCAGCCACGCGCUGUUCGCGUCGGCGGGCGCCGCAGCACGGGCAGCAGCGGGCAGCGCACCGAGGCGUGCGUCGCGCCUCCACCAGCCGGAGGAAGCGACGACGACGAACUUUCACCUGCGGCGGCGCGGGGCUUCCGGCGGCGCGGCCGGGCGCGCGUGCGCCUGCUGCUGGACCCGGCCCGCGCGCGCCCGCGGCGCAGCCCGCGACGCGUGCCCGCGGGAGAUGCGGCGGUCACCCUUGCCCGAGGCAUCCAGCCCCGCAGCCUCACCGCCCCAGUCGCCGCGCCCGCGAGCAGCGGCGGCGCCGGCGGCGGAGACGACUGCCACGACGACCGCGACGCGCCCGCCCCGCCCCCCGAAGGCGCCCUGCUGCCCAGCUUCAGCACCAUCCGCUACGGCCUCGCCAGCUUCCUGCCCGAUCACUUCCCGCUCGCCAGGGGCUUCACCCCGUCCGCCUCCGCGGCGGCCCAGCGCUGCGAGGAGGAGCACUUCGCGCAGCACGGCCACGGCCACGGCCACAGCGGCGACGUCCACAUGGACACCAGCGCCAGCAGGAACACGCCCUCGCCCCGCCAGUUUCGGACGGAAGCGCCGCCCGAUGCCGUCCCCGUGAAGGCCCUGUGCGGGCUGACGCUGCCCGCGGGCAUCCCGAGUCCGCCCAGCCCCGAGCCGGCGGCGCCGCGGCCGGCGGGGUCCCCGCCCUUCCGGAUCCCCGCCCUGCCCGGCCAGCAGCCGGCCGUCGCCGCACCCGCGCCCUGCGCCGCCACCCUCCUCAACGACGCUCCGUCCGCCGCCGCCGCCAGCUCUUCCUCCGACGAGCAGGCUGGCCACUCGUCGUCCUCGGAGGACACGUGGAACUCGCACCGCAUGCACUUCAUGAAGACGCCGCGCCUCAGCAAAGGCCACAUCCUCAGCCAGCAGCCGCUGUCCGCCACGCCUCGCCCGUGCGACCUCACCCCCGCGCGACCUGCUGCGAGCGGCGUCGGCGGCCACCCGACCUCGUCGACGGCGUGCGGCGGCGCGUUAGGGGUGGAGGAGGGCGGCGCGGACAGCCCGCUGGCGCUGGUGGAGCAGAAGUCGCGCUCGCGCCGCUGCCUCACCUUCUCGUCGCCAGGCGGCAGCACGCGCCACCGCCGCUCGGCCUCGCGGCGGUUCGCUCCGUGGCGGCGGCCGCGCGAUGGCGCGCAGGUGCCGGCCACCCCGGACGCCGCCGCCGCCGCCUCCCCGGCGCUUACGCCCGGCGCCACCCCCCAGCGAGCGCCUCAAGGUGAAUUAGAAUUAUCCAUAUAUGGAAACAGCGGGCUAUUGACAAUUCACGUGCUUUGCGGUCGCAACCUCAGGAGAUCUGGAGGAACUACAUGCAACGCUUAUGUAAAGGUGGCGCUGGUGCCGGCGUCCGAGGAACGCACGUUCCACCGCACGGCCGUGCACCGGGAGUCGAGCACGCCGUGGUUCGACCAGAAGUUCUCGUGCGAGGUUCUCCCCGAGGACCUGGAGAAGCGGGUGCUCGUGUCGGUGUGGCAUCGCGACAAGGAGAAAAGGAGGAGUGAAUUUUUAGGAUGUAUGUCCUUUGCUGUGAAGCAUGCAGUUAAGAAGGAAAUCAGCGGCUCCUUCCGGCUGCUGUCGCAGAGCGCGGGUCGCACGCAGCACGCGCCCGCUACCCCUGCUGCGGCUUCCUCGGCCGCCGCCGCCCCCUC